CCACUGUUUGCUUCAUUUUGAUCUUGCACCCUGAUACCUUAACAAUCCAAUAGGGGAGUUAUUUUCUACCACUUCAAAUCUGGAAAGACCUGCGAGCAUUGAAAAGCACCAAAGGGAAAACAAAUGAUCCAAUUCACUGCUAACUAGUCUGAGCUGGAUGAAAAAAAAAAGUCACUGCUCCAUUGCUUAAAUUGAUUGCAAUUUUAUUUCUUGGCUAACUGGGACAAAGAUGAACUUCUGUCUCCCUGUAGGCCAACUGGUAAUGACUGCAAUAUCAUUAAUUAUUUACUGAGAAUAUAAAACCUGAGUAAGACGGGGCAUCUGGAAAGGGGCUUCUUUUUAUCCUAUUGUGAUAUUGUGUAGUUCUGACAAUUUUCUUAGAUAAUGGGUGGACGUGCGAAUGCGUCCUAGCGUUUAUAUCAGAGGUGAGAAGACUUGGAAGACCUGGAAGCUGUGGUUUUAUAGUACGUACUGUACUGCCUUUUUCACGCUUUAUUAAACCAGGUAGUUCACAGUCCUACAUUUGAACAGGUUUAACCAGUCGCUAGAACAGCGCGCAGCUGACACGAGGUUAUUAUUAACCAACUGCCAAAAAGACAGCAGAGCGAGCUGUCGACCGUCACGGUAAGCAGUCUGGCACGGCACAAUAUACUGUAGCAUCCGAGCCAUCAGACUGGGGAGACCAGACGGGUCUCUAGAGCGCAAAAAGAAAGGGUACAGAGACAAAAAUUCCCGUCCCUGGCCGGGCGGACGAUGCAAGAGACUGGGGGGACGCCUCCGGGGAAACGAGUUAAAAAGUCAACAGUGACAAAGUAAGCAACGCAUCUAAAACACUAGCCAAACGAAUCCGGGCAUGGGGAGAAACGUGAGAGCUGGCUUUGUCUGAAGAUUGGCGAGGGCUCAAGGAAAGAAGAAACUGUCAAAAACCAAACUAGAACGGAAGAGUUAUUCAUUUCUCCGGAGUCAUCGGCUUAAACUACGCGCAUGGAAAAAAAAAAGAUCGUAAUUAUUCCCCCGUCUUUGACUGCAACUUUGAAGACGGCAUAAAAAUCGGAUGUUAUUGCAACACAUCUGGGCAGUAUCUGGCUGCCGAAAAGCCUAAACGCGGAAUUGCCGCUUGGAUUUGGAAAGUGGACGAAAAGAGCCGGAGACACUCCGCCCGGAGGAGGACAUCCGCCAGGCUGCUCCCCGUCAGUCCGCCCGGUCAUCUGGUCAGUGUGACAGACGCAGCUCGCCAGUGAGCGCCUGGACAGGCCGGCCAUCCAGAAGAAGCCGCUGGAUAGAGGUUCUUGGCGAACGCAUCUCGAAGUCGGCUGACCCCUGGCCCCAGUGAGCAGGCCCCUGUCAGCAGAACCAUGAGGAUGGUGCGGGUCUUGUUGUGGGCACUGCUGAUGUCACUGCUGGCCGUGGUACCCACCUGUGCCCAGGUGACAAACGGAGUGCAGCCUCAACAGACAUUAUCCCCUGACUCCAGUGAUCUGGGGGUGUCCCGGGGGCAGAUCCUCACUGCACAGUUUGAGUGCUACCUGAAGAUCUUGAACGACCCCCCUUACUCUGGAAGUGAUCCCUACUGUAACCGCACAUGGGACGGCUGGCUGUGUUGGGGGGACUACCACCCGGGAACGGCGAUGCAGCACUGCCCGGAGUACUUCCAGGACUUCGAUCCCUCAGAGAAGGUGAUGAAGGUCUGCAACCAAGAUGGCCAGUGGUUCCGGCACCCUGAGAGCAAUCGCACCUGGACCAAUUACACUCUCUGCUCCGCUUAUACUGAGAUCAAGCUCAAGACAGCAUACCACCUGUAUUAUAUGGCGAUAACCGGCCAUUGCCUGUCGGUGGUGUCUCUGCUGAUCUCUCUCUUCAUCUUCUUCUACUUCAAGAGUUUGAGCUGCCAGAGAAUUUCUCUGCACAAGAACCUUUUCCUCUCCUUCAUCCUCAACUCCAUUCUCACCAUGAUCUCUCUCUCUGUGGCCAGCAACCAAGAGAUUGUGGCCAGCAACCCGGCUGGCUGCAAGGUGCUACAGUUCCUCAACCUCUACACUACUGGCUCCAGCUACUUCUGGAUGCUGUGCGAGGGGAUCUACCUGCACACGCUCAUCAUCGUGGCUGUGUUCGUGGAGGAGCAGCAGCUGCGCUGGUACUACAUCCUGGGCUGGGUUUUCCCUUUGGUGCCCACCACCAUCCACGCAGUGGCCAGACUGAACUUCUUCAAUGACAAGUGCUGGAUCAGUUCAAACACAAGCCUGCUUUACAUUAUUCAUGGGCCAAUUCACGCUGCUUUAGUGGUGAACCUGUUCUUCCUGCUGAACAUCAUGCGCGUCCUCAUCACCAAGCUCAAGGUCACCCACAGCGCGGAGUCCAGCACCUACAUGAAGGCAGUGCGCGCCACGCUCAUCCUGGUCCCCCUGCUGGGCAUCCAGUUCGUGCUGGUGCCCUGGACCCCCGAGGGCCGGUCCGCGCAGAUGGUCUACGAGUACAUCACGCACAUCUUAAUGCACUACCAGGGUUUCAUGGUUGCAACUAUAUUCUGCUUCUGCAACGGAGAGGUCCAGGCAGCCCUGAAGAGGAAGUGGAUGCAGUACAGGAUGCAGUGCAAUGGCCGGCUCAUGACGACUGACUCGCACUCCAACUACCACACCAACUCCUCCAUCACCGACAUGAGCCGGGUGACCGUCGGCCCACCCCCCAGCUUCCCCAACACGGCCCCCCACGAGAGGCAGGGCGGGAAGAGCAACGGCACGGCCAACGGGCAGAGCAACGGGAAGGGCAGCUCCGCGGAGGAGAUGAAGAGGCUGGAUGCCACCCUCAUCUGACCGCCGGCGCACACGGAGAGCCCCGGGGCCCGCGAGCACACUCGGGCGCACAGGCGAAGGCUCUCGUGAUCUCGCACGCACACGUGCACGGGCAAACCUUUUUCCACACUCUAUCCCUGAAAGCCCUCCAGCUAUACAGCUACACCCACAGCCCUUAUAAACAACAAGCACGGGCCAAGCCGGUCCAGCUGCCUGACUGCUUGUGCCCGUGAUGCACUGACGCAGCACCAGCAUCUGCACAUCGCACAAGUUCAAAGAGGACGGUUCUCUGAAUCUCUUGCAAUUGCGCUGUCAUUGUUUUCUGUGCCAAAUGUACAUAGGUUUUUCCUCCUUUUUGGAAGGUUUUCUCCUUUCAGUCAGCUUUCAUUGGUUGCUUUUCUUGAGAGGACACUGGACCCUUUUCUGGAGAGAAGCCACUAACAGGCCACCAUGUGACUGUGAAAUUUAGCAAAGGUUCUGGGAUUGUGCUUGUUGAACUGCAGUCUGCUGACUUUCGAACUCCACCUCACAUAGGCAUGAAUGAAGACAGGUCUGUCCCAGUAAGGAUGGAGCUACCAGUGCCUACUUCAUAUGUUUAUGAUAUCCUAAUAUGGACUGCAGAGUUUGCAUGAAAUCUACCGUGCACAAAGGUAAUAGGCCACUUACAGAAAGUAAGUUACUAUUGCUACAGCUGUUUCUUGCUGUAUGUUUUAAGUUUUGCCUAGGAAUCUUUCAUAACCUGACAUGGUUUAGUGUGAAUGCAAGUAACCCUGAGUGCUUUUUUUAUGCACCGAACUUGAAAAAUUGUUGGGCUGGGUGACCUUUGGAAAUGCACUAAAAUGUGUAAUAGAGUCUGUUUUGGGUUUCUGCCAUAUUUAAGCACUCUCUUUCACUUUUAAGGACCAAAUUACAUCUGACCAGAUCUAGGAGUUAAAAGCAUGUAAAAGCUUUCUCCUUUCAUCUCUGAAUGUGUGUGGGUAGCUACUGCAGUACCUGAAGCUUAUGCAGCUUUCCCUGAGGAAUGGCUCCCCCUGUAGGUGAAGUAAGGGAUGGGCAGAGCAGACCUGUAACCCUGGCCAAAGUGGAGAUUUCAGAGCUAUCAGCAACACUCUGUAGGCUACAGUGACCUUGGGAUUUCAGAAAACCCACCUUAAGGUUUCUUAACCAAUCUUUUUUAUGAAAUUGAUAAAUUACUAUCCCCCCCUUCCCCCCAAUCUUCUGUUUGUUAUUAAGAGACCUCGGGUUGAUCACUCCAGUGUCCCCAUUCAUGAAGGGUCACUGCUUCUGGCUUCCUUUCUACCUCAUUUGUCCCCUUGAACCCUGUUACCAGUCUGGGCAUACAAUCCAGCCAGCCAGGGUUGGCUUGUUCCAAUACAUGCCUUCAUUAACCUUGGAAACGUUCAGGGGAAUGGGUCAAAGUCAUUGUCUCAAGAGGCAUUGCAAGGCAGCCUAGAUGUAAAAUUUAAUAUCAAGGCAUAAGGCAAAUCAAAUAUCUGCACUAAUGAAAUUAUAAAGAGUAUAUACAUAAAAAUUUUCAAAUUGAAAAUAAAAGGUGUCCAUUAAAUUUAGGAUUCAGAUUUCCCUAAAUCCAGACUUUGCUGUCCAAGAUGAGAAUUGUCCUACCAGUCUAUUUUACCAGGAUCUCUGACUUUCCUUCUGUUCCUUCUGAAGGUGUCUCUAUAUGAGCAGAUGCUCUCUACUCUAUAUGCUUUGCAUUAAGAAAAAAGAUGCUAAGAAAUGAUUAUGAGGGAUCACAGCAGUAGAAGAAAUGCUAGAUAAAUAGAAAGAUUUAUUGAAGCGUCUCCAGCGUGAUCUCCUGCUGAGAUGUGAAGUGGAAACUGAUGGCAGACGUUUCAUAAGCAGUGUAGGUAGGUAAUCUCCGCAUCUGAGCCACAUUGGGUCAUGGGGCCAGAGCUCAUCCUGGUUUUCAUGGCGUUAAGAAAAGGAGAAACUAUGUCACCCCCCACUGUACUGAAUGCUGGUCCUUCACAGGAAAUAUCCCCCAUCAUGUUGGUCACCUUUGAUACAGCUGGGUCCCCAGCAGUGUAAAUAAACUACCUACAACAGCAGGUCUACAGCAGUAUAGCCAUGACUCACAGGCACGUUCCUAUUGAAGAAACAAUUCUUGGAAUGGAAGCGGUUUUCUUAGAUGUCAAAGGGAGGACACGUAUCAUCCCAGACCAUGGUAUGUCACUGGAUUCCAGGAUUCUACUUGUUUCAUGCAUUGUAGUGCAGUGUAAUUCCUAGUAAAAGGUUGGAGAUUCUAAGUGUCUGAAUUAUUUUACCACAUGAAAUGGUCCACAAAGGGCAGGAGUUUAUAAAGCUAUUAUUGUGGUCUGCUCUCUCCUACGCUAUGCUUAAAAUUCAAGCUACCACCGUUUCUGUGAAGAUGAAUGCCGAGCCAACAGGGUAGAGCACUGUGAGGAGACAGUUUUCUUGAUCCCCAAACAUUCCCUUUCAAUUGCUACCUGAGUAAUGAACAUGAAAAUAUUCCUUCAUAUUUUUUUGUAUUACAAUGGAUGUUGCUGUCAUUAUGACUUGUACUGUAGUGAUUAAUCACGAGCAUAAAUAAAUACGUCAAAAAGCAAAAAGA